AUGGCUUUAUUCAAAAGGAAGUUACCGUAUUGGAGGAAGUUUUUUAAGUUAUCUGUUAUUGAAAUAUGGUGCAUGUCUCCGGUUGAAAUACCUGUUUAUAAGGUAUUAACACAUCAGAAGGAGAUGCCUUGUCGUUCUCCAAACAACUCCUCGACUAACAAUAGUGUACUAACUACAUUUGAAACAUCAAAUAGGUAUGUGCAAUCAAACUUGGCGUAUGAUGUGUUUCAAGCUGUUGAGAACGGUUCUUUGACAUUAGUCAGAAAUGUGUUAUUAUCAAGACCCGAUUUGGAUCUUAAUUUUCACAUUCGAGAUGUAACUCCAUUAUCACUGGCUUUAUAUAAAAGACAUUUUGAUAUAUUCAAUAUGUUAAUAAGACACCAAGAAAAGACCAGACGAGUGGAUUUAGAUGUUAGUAGUAAAGACACAUUGGGAAGAGUAGAACCUCCCAUUAUAACUGCGUGUAGAAUGCAUUUUUUAGAAGGUGUAUUCAUUUUAGUUGGUGCUGGAGCAGAUAUUAAUGCUAUAGAUAAUUUAGGACAUACAGCACUGUGGGUUGCUGCCAGACGUCAGAUGCCAGAUUUAGUAGAUUAUCUAAUUAUGAAUGGAGCUAGUGUAAAUAAAGUAAACAAAUUUUUAUAUUCUCCACUUCUUGCAUCAUUAAUGUAUCAUGUUAGUUCUAUUAUAGUUAAAAUGUUGAUUAUAAAUGGGAGUAACCUGGGAGCUUUCAAUUCACAUUCACCUAUUGAACAUUGUGCUUUAUUCUGGGCUGCUAAAAGAGGCAAUAUUGAAAUAGUGAGAUUAGUUUUAACAGCUGGAGUUCCAUUGGCUCAGAUAAGAGCAGUGAAAAUGGCCCUAAUGAACAGUGAUAUAGAAGGUGAUAUAUUAACUCUGUUAGAUAAUGACUCUAGAACACCGCCUUUAUUACAACAUUACUGUAAAAGGAUCAUUCGUAAUUAUGUGGCAGUGAAGUGUUCUGGAAUUUAUUUUGCAAAACAUAUUGAUAGGUUACCAUUACCAUCUAGUCUCAAGAAUUACCUUUCAUUAACAAGACUGAACUAAAGGUCAUAAAAAUUUGACUGUGAUUCAACUAGUUAAAUAUUGUUGAUUUUCAGUUGAAUAAUCGUGUGCAAGUUUUCUUUUAAACCUGAACUCACAAAAUCAUGGAAUUUUUGUUCUGUAGGAUGAUCUAGAUGUUAUGUGUCAUUUAUUACUCAAUGAGUGCUGUACCGUACCUAAUAAUUAGAGAAAGAUGAAUGUGCAAGUUUUAUUCUUAUGAUAUCUGAUAAGGUAUUGACAGAGGUAAUAAAGAUAUUUCUGUGUCCUUAUCCAGUAUAAUAUGCUCAUUCUUUCCUUUGUAUUAACAUGGCUGUGAAUGGUUUGUUCUGUCUGAUUCUUACCUUUUCUAAAUUGUAUAAUACCUAAAUAUAUAUAAUUGGAUAAUGUUAUUGGUGCUAUUAAUAGCACUGCUUUUGUUAUGUGUUGUAAAUAAAAAAUGAAUUGAAUGGA